UCGAUCUGAACGAAACCAGUAUUCAUUGCAAUCCACUUCGAAAUCUCCAUUAUUCUUUCAUGUGAGGUUGUGCAUAGUAGAGACCACAAGGCCCGCACAGCCAAGUCACAUUUUGUGAAUAAAAAAAUAAUAAAAAAACAAAAAAAAAUAAAAAAAACUUAAUAAAAACCCUAAAAAAAAUCGCAAAAGUAGUGAAAAAACAACAUACUCUAAUUAGAUACAAAAAAAAACGUGUGUGUGACUAAUUCAUUGCUACCGAUUUCUUUACGUUGUAUGAAUAAUUUGUCAAUUGAUUAUUUUCAUCAUUUAAACAUUCUUGAUUGCUGGUGUGAAGCUAUUAUAAAACACAAAUUUUCAACAAAAGAAUUUCUUCAAAUUCGUGUAAAAAGAAUAAAUUUUCAAGAAAAUGGCGUUGGCGUCUUUAUAUGUAGGUGAUUUACAUCCGGAUAUCACCGAAGCAAUGUUAUUCGAGAAAUUUUCCUCAACUGGGCCAGUUCUGUCUAUUAGAGUAUGUCGCGACGUGGUUACGCGUCGUUCUCUUGGCUAUGCAUACGUCAAUUUUCAGCAGCCUGCCGACGCUGAACGUGCCUUGGACACAAUGAAUUUUGAUUUAUUGAAAGGACGCCCAAUACGCAUUAUGUGGUCUCAACGUGACCCGUCGCUUCGUAAAUCCGGCGUGGGUAACGUGUUCAUUAAGAACCUGGACAAAGCCAUUGACAAUAAGGCAAUGUACGAUACGUUUUCGGCGUUUGGCAACAUUUUGAGCUGCAAGGUUGCCCAAGAUGACAAAGGUGUUUCGAAGGGAUAUGGAUUCGUACAUUUUGAAACGGAGGAGGCAGCGUCGAUGUCUAUCGAAAAAGUAAACGGUAUGUUACUCAACGACAAAAAGGUAUUCGUUGGCCGCUUCAUUCCGCGCAAGGAACGCGAGAAGGUUCUCGGCGAGAAGAACAAGUUAUUCACAAAUGUCUACGUCAAAAACUUCGGUAAUGAUGUGUUGGACGAAACGCUGGAAAAGAUGUUCGGGCAAUACGGUAACAUAACGAGUCACAAAGUUAUGUCCAAAGAUGAUGGCCAAUCGUGUGGAUUCGGUUUCGUUGCAUUCGAAAAUGCUGAAGCUGCCGAAGCUGCUGUGCAGGCACUGAAUGGUACAGAAUUAUCGAAUGGAAAAGUUUUGUAUGUCGGCCGAGCACAGAAGAAGGCUGAACGACAAAUGGAAUUGAAACGUAAAUUUGAGCAACUGAAAAUUGAGCGUUUGAACCGUUAUCACGGUGUCAAUUUGUACGUCAAGAAUCUUGACGAUACCAUCGAUGACGAUCGUUUGCGCAAAGAAUUCCACAGUUUCGGAACCAUUACAUCGGCAAAGGUGAUGAUGGAAGAUGGUCGCUCAAAGGGAUUCGGUUUUGUUUGCUUCUCCGAUCCGGAAGAAGCAACAAAAGCUGUUACCGAAAUGAAUGGAAGAAUCUGCGGAACAAAACCGUUGUACGUUGCAUUAGCUCAGCGUAAAGAAGAACGUAAAGCUCAUUUGGCCGCACAAUACAUCAACCGUCUGUCGAACAGUCGCAUUACACAAAUGGGCAUGAUGUAUCCACCAAAUGCUGCAAGCGGAUACUUUGUACCGCACAUUCAGCCGCAACGUUUCUAUGGCCCACAAGUCCAACAAAUUCGCAACACUCCCCGAUGGGCCGCACAACCAGUUCGUCCAUCAAGUGGACAGAAUGUUAACGCUGCCGUUGCCGUCGCCAGUGGCUAUCCGAAUAUGGGCGCAUCAGCUGCAUCGUCCCAAUUCCGUCAAGGUGCUGGAGGUGUUCGCGGACCACAAGGCAUUGCCGGAAGUCAGGCUGCACAAGCCAAUUCAGUCUUGCGAAACCCAGCUCGACCAAUCACUGGACAGCAACCAGCUGGAGGAAUUCAGUCCCGUCCAAUGCCGACACAGGUGCCACCAGCCAAUCAAGCUCGUACGCAGAGUUUCAAGUACACAAACAGCAUGCGCAAUCCACCAACUCAAAACGUUGCUAUGGUUCCAUCCCAAACAAAUGUUCAAGCUGUACAUGUCAAAGGUCAAGAACCGCUCACAGCAACAAUGUUGGCGGCUGCUCAACCAUCUGAUCAAAAGCAAAUGCUUGGUGAACGCUUGUUCCCCAUCAUCGAACAGAUGAAUCCGGCUGCAGCUGGUAAAAUCACCGGCAUGUUGUUGGAAAUUGACAAUUCGGAAUUGUUGCACAUGUUGGAGAACCGGGAAUCGCUUAAAGCGAAAGUUGAAGAGGCCGUUGCCGUACUUCAAGCUCAUCAAGCCAAGAAGGCUGUUACCGCUCCCGGAAAUCUGGAAUAAAAAUUUACAUCUCCAUCGAUGAAAAUGCAAUCAAUCCAAGUUUAAAAUUAAUGAAUUCCGAUUAACAUUUGAAAAUUAAAUAUUUUUUUUUCUUCCUAUCUUCGGCGGGGAUGUAAUUUGGAUUGUUUGAAACAUACAAACAUUCUCCACCAAAAAUUUUGUUUACUCGAUACACCUAUGUUCAUUUAAAUUUAAAUUUUGUUUUCAGCAUUAACAUUAUUUCCACUUGAUGAAACUUACAACCACAACAAGAAAACUUAAAAAAAAAAUACAUUUUCAAUGAAUCGACUCCUUUUCAAGCUUAUCUUUUCUUUCGUGGAGCGGGAAUCGAUAAAGUCUAAAAUGUAGAUGUGAAAAUUAACAAACUUUUCUUUUUUAUUUAAAUGAUGAAAACCAUACAAUGAACCUAAGUAAAAAAAUAAUAAAAAAAAAAAAAAUAUGAAAAAAAACCUUAAUUUGAAAUGGCUUUUGAAACAUGUAUGUGUGCACGUGUGUGUUUCCAAAUAUGAUUUCGAAUUAUGUGCGUCAAAAAAAUUGAAAAAAUGUGGACGAAAAAAAAACGCAAAAAAUCUGGCAACUCAGUCUAAACAAAAAAAUCGUAAACUUAUAAAAAAAAUCGUAAAAAAAAUAUAAAAAAUGAAGGAACCAUAAAAAAGAUGCAAACAAUCGCAACUGACAAGCAUGUAGAAGUUCCAAGUAUAAAAUGAAAUCCGUCAAUUUGAAUAAGACCCGAAGUUCUAAUAUCCUUUAGGCAUAGGGUCGACAAAAUGAGGAGUUCAAUUCAAACUCGGACGACACUAAACAAAUUUUUUAUUAUUUCUUUAAACUUUUUCUGUUUUUUACCUUUUCAUAUUUUUUUCCCUCUAACAAAGCAAAAUUGAAUUUUUGUGCAAGUAUUCUGUUUCUUGAAGAAGAAAAUUCUAAUUUUUUUUUGUUUAUUUUAAUUUGUAAAAUAAUAUACUUGUAGCGUUGCACCUAAACGAAAAUGGUUAAAAAAUUGAAAAAUAAAAAAUAGAAAAAAUGAAACAAAAAAACAAGAAAAAAAAACUAAAAAUCUACAACCAAGAAGUGCUUUGAAGUAUUGUGUGUUGUACGCGCAUUGUGGACGGCACAUACUUUUUACUGAUAAAAAAAGACGAAAAUUAGUGAACAAACACAGGUUGAAGCAACAGAAAUUUUUUUUCUCUAUUUCCAUCGAUCGAUCAGAUCAGUAAAAGUGAAAAUAAUUAAAAACAAAAGGAAAAGAAAAAACAACCCACUAAAGAACACCAUCAAAAAAGGAUUAUCUUGAUAAAAUUUAAAACAUCAAAUGAAAAUUUAAUAUAUUUAAACAAAAAAAAAACCAACCAAAAGCAAGCAAAACCGUGUCGGAACUUAAGUCAAAUUUCAAUUUCAAAUGAUAUUUUGGGA